AUCCUCAUUAUAUUUUCAUAAAAGCAUUUCGAGUCAAGAUUUUCAUAAUGUCUAUUUUUCGUGAAUAUAUUGGUGUGAAGCCAAAUCCAAUUACUUUAGAUGAUUUUCCAAGUGAAAUUAUCAACCCCUUAAUAACAGAGUUCCACUUCAUUCUAGGAUUUGCUAAAGAAGAACAUGACCAAAAUGGAAAAGGCACAGGACAAUUCAAGCCAACUUGGAACAUGGAUUAUUUCAGUCCUGAAAAGGUAAAGAAACUCAAGGAAAAGCACGAAAAUGUGAGGGUGGUAAUAAGUUUUGGAGGUCAGGGUGAAGAAAAUUCAUUCAAUCCUUUCAAGAACUUUCAAUGGUCUAUUAAUGCAGCAAAUUCACUCAAAGUGAUCAUCCAAGACUACAACAAGGUCAAGGACAACCUAAUUGAUGGCAUUGAUGUUCACUAUGACUACAUCAAUUCCAAUGAGGAGGAUUUUUCCCAGUGCAUAGGAGACGUCAUAAAAAGAUUGAAAAAUGAUAUUAGUAGCACUACAAGAGGUUAUACCUCCAUUGCUCCAUCACAUUUAGUUGAACCACACUACAAGUGGUUAUACCAUGAAUACCUAGAUCUUAUUGAUUUGGUUGACUAUCAAUUCUACAAUCAUACUCUGUCUUCUAAGCACGAGCUUACCACACUCUUCAAUGAUAUAUCAAAAGAUUACGAUGUUGAUAAACUCCUAGUUGGAAUCAGUACUUAUCCAGCUGACGCAGAUAAAGUCCCACCACAAGUCUUCAUUGAUGGUUGCACUGAGCUUGUCAUCAACUCAGCUCUCCGUGGAAUUUUUGUUUGGAGUGCUAAUGAUUCUGCGACUAACUCCAACGACAAACAUUUCUCCAUGGAGGAAGCCUUACAAAAAAUCAUCACUGAUAACCCACAUAAAAAAUAAAACUCUUAUUUAUAUAUAUAUUUACAGGUCAUGUGUCAGAUUAUAUAUCAUGGCAAGGUUGUUCUAUGCUAUGUAUAGUCUAUUACAUCUUCAAAAUAAGACCUAAUGCAUGUGUGUUUGAUUUUGUGGGACAAACUCGUUUUGUCUUUGUAUCUCUAUUAUGUUUUGACGAGUGAACGUCUUUUGUUUUAUGUAUUUAAAGUCGUUUUGUCUUUCUUUAUAUCAAUAUAAUGUGUGGUUUGAAGA